UUCUGUCAGAUCCUGCUGACUGGACAGGGUGCGUGCCCACACCUCACCGCUAUAAAACCAGCUACCAGCACCCUGCCUUCACUGUCAUACAGGAUUUAUGCCAGCUCGACAGCGGUCAUGAACCCCCAACUGGAGCAGGUGCAGGGAGGAGCGUGUCAAUGGAGGCUCACGGUGUUUGAGGAGGAGCACUACCAGGGCAGAAGCUGCCACUUCACCUGUGAGUGUCAGAACAUUCUGGAACGCGACUUCAGGAAGAUCCGCUCCAUGAAGGUGGAGGGAGGCGCAUGGGUGGGUUUUGAGUACCCAGAGUUCCAGGGUCAGCAGUUUGUCAUGGAGAAGGGUGACUACCCCUGCUCCCAGGCCUGGAGCGGGAACAGCAGCUAUAGGACAGAAAACCUGCUCUCCUUCAGACCUGUUAGAUGUGCUAACCACAGUGACAGCAAGGUGACUCUCUACGAGUCUGAGGAUUUCCAGGGCCACAAGUUUGAGAUUUGCAAUGACUAUCCAUCACUCCCAGCCAUGGGCUGGUGUAGCAAAGAGGUGCCAUCAAUCAAAAUCAACUCCGGAGCCUGGGUGGCCUAUCAGUUUCCUGGUUACCGUGGAUACCAGUACAUUCUGGAGAGAGACAGACACCAAGGAGAGUUCAGAAACUACAACGACUACAGCACCCAGGCGCAUUCCAGCCAGAUUCAAUCUAUCCGCAGAAUUCAGCAUUAAGCAUUCAGAAUUCAGCAUUAAGACCUAAUUCACUUGUCCCCUCCU